AUGAUGAGCUGCUUGAAUGUGUGUAUAUAUGCGACAGAUAUCUCCACUUAUUUGUUGUUUUGCUCCGUGCUUGUACCUGUAGUUUCCGGGGCAGACUGCUUGAGCAGGUCGCCAAGCUUCCUCUGGGCGUCAGAAGGUCCGGAAUCAGCGACGGCGGGUUCGGCGCAGAUAGCGUCCUUCUUGACCAGUCCGACAGGCUUCUUUGGGGGGCCCGCGGCUAGCUUGGCCGCUAGGUCGUUCAUGAAACUGGGCUUGUCACUGGGGAACGGGUCAGGUUCUGUCGAAGAGGUUCGUGAGUAUAAAUAA